UGAAUUCUUCAUGUCUUCAUGUUUGUAAUCUGACAGUUUUUCUUUGUGGCUUUAAGUUUAGGCCUAGGCGGAAAGCAUGAAGCAAAAGAGGGAAGGAGAAGUUAAGGAAGGACAACAAAGAAGGACAAGCAAAGCAGGAACGACAAGAAGAAGGUGUAAUUAAAGGAAGGAAAAGACAAGGGUAAGGAAGGGGGAAGGAAAAAGAUACAUGCGAAAGGGAACAGGCCUUUUCUAUUUUGUCUUGUUUUUAGGAAGCCCGGAGAAAAGAAACAACCACACUGAACAAAAGUACCGUAAUUCCCGUUGAUAUUCGCUUUGUGCAGCCUGCUUCGUCCGAGUCCACAGACGAGCUGGCAACGAUGCGGCAACGGUUUGGACAGCUUUCGGACACCGACUUGGAUGCAUAUCGGUUUGCAUGCACUCAGUAUAUUGCAAACAUCAGGUAUGCGGAUCCAGAUGACAAGGUCAUAUCCUUUGACAAAGCUGCCCGCUUCAAAGCAUGUGAUGACGCCAUGGCAGCAGUGGGUCGUGCACGAGAGGUCCUGGCCAAGUCCACAGCAGACAAGACAUCUUUCCAGAAAGAGGUUUCUUCAAUUGGCGUCAACCUCGCCAGCUUCUUUGCCUUGAUCCCAAAGGAAGACUUCAAGAAGGCAGAGGCCCUGUCACAGAAGAUGCGAUUGCUGGAUGCGGACAAGGACUCCCGUUUGUCCGAUGAAGAGGCCAAGAUGGUUAGAAGUGGUGCUCAACCUUUGCCGCAAGAGGACUUGGAUGUGAUCACAGCCCUCAGGAAAGUUGGCUUUGGCAAUUUGCUCAUACCUUGA